CUAGACGCUAGUCUACAACACCGGGGUCGGCAGACACACGGCGGCUGUCAUGUGAGGAACAGGUCGCUCGGGAGAACCACAGCGCCGACAUUAACGUGUUAACCGACAUGUGAGGAUAGUUUGGGACUUUCACUGCCGACAUACUGUGGAUAAAACCCGGACGACUCUAGCGGGACUGCUGUUUGUUCUUCAUGGACUCUCCGGUAACUAGCUGAGCAUGGCGGCACAUAUCACAUCAUAGGAGCCCGGUGCUGACAGUGUGGAAGGAGUGAAUAGGAAAAGGAAGCACAAAAGGAAGAAGAGAGAGAGUGUUAAAGGAGAUUGGACACUUUUUGCCAUCAGAGCAGAUGGGUGAGACGGAGGAUGAGCGUACGGCGCAGGCCAGCGUGCUCUUUGAGAACUUUGUCCAGGCAUCCACCUGUAAAGGGACUCUGCAGGCCUUCAGCAUCCUCUGCAGGCAGCUAGAGCUGGAUCCUCUGGACUACAGCAACUUCUACAGCUCACUGAAGGCUGCAGUUAGCACCUGGAAGGUCAAGGCCCUGUGGACCAAACUGGACAAAAGGGCGCAGCACAAGGUCUACAACCAAAGUAAAGCCUGCCAGGGCACCAGGUGUCUGAUCAUCGGCGGGGGUCCUUGUGGUCUGCGGACAGCUAUUGAGCUGGCCCUGUUGGGCUGUAAGGUGGUGGUGAUCGAGAAGAGAGACACCUUCUCCAGGAACAACGUGCUCCACCUCUGGCCCUUCACCAUCCACGACCUCAGGGGCCUCGGAGCCAAGAAGUUCUACGGCAAGUUCUGCGCCGGAUCCAUUGACCACAUCAGUAUCCGCCAGCUCCAGCUGAUGCUGCUGAAAGUGAGUCUGAUUCUGGGAGUGGAGAUUCAUGUCAACGUGGAGUUCGCCAAACUUGUGGAGCCACCAGCGGAGCAGACUGAUGACAGUCCUGGGUGGCGAGCAGAGGUCCGGCCCUCCAGCCAUCCUGUCUCAGACUUUGAUUUUGAUGUGGUGAUUGGAGCUGACGGACGCAAAAACACAUUAGACGGUUUUGGUCGCAAAGAGUUUCGAGGGAAGUUGGCCAUCGCCAUCACGGCAAACUUUGUCAACAGGAACACCACAGCAGAGGCCAAAGUGGAGGAGAUCAGUGGGGUGGCCUUCAUCUUUAACCAGAAGUUCUUUCUGGAACUCAAGGAGGAGACAGGAAUUGACUUGGAGAACAUAGUUUAUUACAAAGACAACACACACUACUUUGUCAUGACGGCCAAGAAGCCAAGUCUGCUGGACAAAGGGGUCAUCAUAAAUGACUACGUUGAAACAGAGCGACUGCUGAGCCCUGACAACGUCAACCAGGAAGCAUUGCUCUCCUACGCCCGUGAGGCAGCUGACUUCGGCACAAACUACCAGCUGCCGUCCCUGGACUACGCCAUCAACCACUAUGGGCAGCCGGAUGUAGCCAUGUUUGACUUCACCAGCAUGUACGCCUCAGAGAAUGCCGCCUUGAUCAGGGAGAAACACGGACAUCAGCUACUGGUCGCACUGGUGGGAGAUAGUCUGCUUGAGCCCUUCUGGCCAAUGGGUACAGGUUGUGCUCGGGGUUUUCUGGCAGCCUUCGACAGUGCUUGGAUGGUUAGGGGCUGGGCACAGGGCAGGAGCCCUCUAGAGAUACUGGCUGAGAGGGAGAGUAUCUACCGGCUGCUGCCUCAGACCACUACAGAGAACAUCAGUAAAAACUUUGAACAGUAUGCCAUUGAUCCUGCCACCCGCUACCCCAACCUCAACUCCAGCUGUGUACGCCCACACCAGGUACGUCACCUGUUCAUUGAUGGCCAACAGGACUCGUGUCACCGGGAAAGAGGAGGACCCACACGUAGAUCAGUGAACUUGUCCAGAAGAGAGUCUGAGGUGCGUCCUGGCCGACUGCUGACCUGGUGUCAGAAGCAGACUCAGGGCUACAGAGGUGUUGACAUCACCAACCUCACAUCUUCAUGGAGGAACGGCCUGGCCCUCUGUGCUCUCAUACACCGCCAGAGGCCUGAGCUCAUUGACUAUGACUCUCUUAACGAGGAGGAUGUGGCGGGGAACAACCAGUUGGCUUUUGACUUGGCAGAGCGAGAGUUUGGCAUCCAGCCGGUGACGAGAGGAAAGGAGAUGGCUGCGGAGGCUGAACCAGACAAGCUGCUGAUGGUUCUUUACCUCUCCAAAUUCUACGAGGCCUUCAGGAACUCCCCAGGAAACAACUAUGGUUCAAAAGAACCAGAUGAGAAUAGUAAAGAAUAUCCACCUAAAACCAACCACAAACUGCUGAACCAGCCCCAGCCCAGGAAGAGGAUACCCAGGGAUGACAAGAAACAGGAAGACGAUUCUGUUAACAAGAGACGGCGAAAGGGCAACCACUACCUCACAGAGUUGUCUUGUCACAGUGCGCCCCCUGCUGGUGAGGAUGGGGAGCUGCGGGAGAACAAGGUCCGCUCCAUGGCAACUCAGCUGCUGGCCAAGUUUGAGGAGAACUCCUCGACCGCAAAGACACACAGCAAGUCUGAUGAGGACCCAUCCGAUCCAUCCUUUUCUCCUCCUCUGUCUCCUUCCAACACCCCACUUCCUCUCUCAGAGGAGGAGGACGAGGAUGAGGACGAGGAGGAGGAGGAGGCGGAAGAGGAGAGAGAAAACCCCCGUUUUGCAAAGCCUAAGGACGUCCCCCCUCCUCCUCCUCUGCCUCCCCCUCGCCCCAGGUGGCAGCCUUCCAUUUACCUUCGCUUACUGGAGAAUCCCACUGCUGUGGCUCAGCAAACCAGUGUCCUCUAUUCCUCCAAAUCUUCUCACCCUCAGAGCAGCUACAGUCGCUCUCCUUCACCCUCAAGCUCUAAGAUUCAAUUAAGUUCUCCCCGCUCACAGAGCCCUAAUUUUACUGAACAUUACUACCCAGAACGCACCUCUCCUGCCCUGAUGACCAGUCAUUUCUCUGCUUCUGAUAUUGAUCAUUCCUCUGAGAGGUCAGAGGAGUCGAUGCAGCAGAGAAAAGCCCAGAGCCUGUCUACUAGGGAAUUUUCUAGGAGGAGUAUAAAGGACAGAGCCGUCCUCCUCUCCUCCAUGUUUCCUGGGUCCAACAGACCUCCUGCUGCUCCUCUUUCUCCUCUUUCUGAAUCACAGGUGGAACUAUCUACCUCUUCCUCUCCUUCCUUGUCUCCACCUCCUCCUCCUUCUGCCUCUGUGUGUAAGAGCUCCACCAUCUAUUCUGUAGUCCACCCUGUCCCUGACCCCACUGCCCAGGCCGGCUUCUCCUCUGUCCCCCUGUAUACUGCUGGACACAAAACACAGAAAGACUCCUCUGCUCCCUCGUCUUUCACUAACUCUGAAAAAACAGACCAAAUCUCUUCUCUUCUUGUCGAUUCUGCCACAUGCAACGACAAAACAUCUACUGCCCUCUCUCCGACUUGCUUUGAUGAGAGCCAGGAAAUCUCAUCUGCCCUCUCUGAUACUAACUGUGAACAUGGACACAGCAGCUCAUCUUCCCAUCCAGAUUCUUUACUGCACAAGGAAAACUAUGAGAGGAUGCAUGACAGUUCUCUGAAUAAUCUGGAAAGUGAGCAGGGGAAGGUCCACAAAACUGCUCAGGAGACAUUUGGCGAUAAGAAAUUAGCUGAAAAUGAUCACAUGAAGUGCAACGGGAGCUGCGCUCUUGAGACCCCUAGAAGAAUCACUCAAAAGUCAAUUGUUCGCUCUGAGAGUUGUCCUACUGGAGCUCCUAGUUACAUUAAAGAGCGUACAGUCGGAAAAGUAUCAUCAGCCAUUGAUGCUAAAGCUCAGAUACUGGCCGUCCUCUAUGAGACAGACCACAGGCCCAAUGCCACACCGGCUCUAGUUCCCUGGCCACGGAGGGCUCCUAAGGCUGAAGGGUGUGUAGUGCGUAAGGACUUCCCUCCCGGGCUCGGCGGCAGUGACACCUGCCACUUCUGCACCAAGCGGGUGUACGUGAUGGAGAGACUGAGCACUGAGGGCUACUUCUUCCACCGCGAGUGUUUCCGCUGUCACGUCUGUAACUGCACCCUUCGUCUGGGAGGGCACACCUUCGACUCGCAGGAGGCGAAGUUCUACUGCAAGAUGCAUUAUGCCCAGCGCCAGUCCAGCACUCACAUGGGGAGGAUCAGAAGGAGAAUGGAAGACCAACGCUCUGUCACACCCUCAUCACUGGACAGUGGGAGCUACUCAGCGACGGACAGCGUCCAGAUCCAACCCGCAGUUGAGACGUCCAGCUUGCAUUCAGAGCAGCUUGAUAAAGGUCAGAAAAGAGUUCCUGAAGACACAGAGAUGGCUGUUGAAGCUCUGGAUGCUUCCUGUAUAGUCAAACCUACAGCACAAGAUACUACAGGGGCCAAGGGCCAAAGCCAGGACAGUACCAAAGAUCGCUGUAACACCAAACAGAAUCAUCGAUGGAAACGGAAGAUCAGAGCGACCUUCCCUCUGAUCUUCAUCAAGCACUUCCAGAGAAGCUGGCCGGUGGACAAAGAGGGCCCAGAGACCGUCCCUGAAGCUGACUCUGACUUUGAGGAGAUCACUUCAGCAGAAAAACAAACUAACUCCGACAGCAGUUCCAAGACAUCAGCAGGUACCCAGAGUCCCCCAGAAAGUGAGGAGAGUGAAGAGCGCUCAGCUACAACAAAGACAGUCUGCAACUCGUCAACCCCAAAGAAACGCUUGAUGUUAUCUCUUUCUGAGAAAGAGAAGCUUCUGAACUGGGACGUGCUGGUCGCACCAGAGGACACUCUGAUUAACAUAAACACUAAAAACGCACAUCAACAUAAAGACCAGGUACAAGCAGAGACAGAAGCAGAUAAACCUCAGACAGAUUUGGGCCAGGAUGGGGAACCAUCCCAGAGCCAAACCUCUGCCUCUUCCCCCUCAGCCUUACAGCUUAUAGCCAACGCCUUUAGGAGGACAUUUAGUGUGACCAAUCCCUCCAGUAGCUCCAACACUGCAGUCACAAUGAGGACAAAACGUGACAGAUCUCGCAAACAUAGGCCGAUGUCAGAAGGAGCGUUCAGCUUUAGCUCCCUUUUCAGCACCGUGGGUCCAGAGCCAUCCAGAGAUGACAAGAACGCCGGCAAGUGUGAAGCUCGGUGGGCGUCUGUAGGGGCCGAUCCAUGGGGGGCCGGGCAGGACCUGCCCUCUCUGUUGCAGCAGGUGUCUCUAAAGGGCCGUAGAGACUCUGGAGGGGUGUUCUCUGAUGACAUGGCCUCGUUGCCCCGCAGGAGGGUCAACUUGUUCUCAUCCCUGAGGCUGAGGAAGAGGGAGGAUUCAGAGAGUGAGGAGCAGGAGAUGCAAAAGGAAAUCAGAACGAUACUCACCAACCUCAGAAACAAAGCCUCUAGUCAACAGAAUCUGGAAGAGCCUUCCUCUAGUGACGAUGAAAAUGAUAACUUGACAUCCAAUCAGCAGCUGUGUACAGAGAAACAGAGGAGGAGGCAGGAGAAGACGGUGGCCCAGCAGGCUAAAAGAGAACAGCUGAAGAGGCUUCACAGAGCUCAGGCCAUCCAAAGACAACUGGAGGAGGUCGCAGAGAAACAGAGAGACCAAGAGGAGAGAGGAGUGGCUAUAGAAAAGAUGAUAAGAGGAGAAACAGAAUCAUCUCAGACAGAUGACAUUGACGAGGCCCAGCUCUAUCAGUCCUGGUUUAAACUCGUUCUGGAGAAGAACAGACUGGCGCGUUAUGAGUCUGAACUCAUGAUCUUUGCUCAGGAGCUUGAACUGGAAGACACACAGAGCCGACUGCAGCAAGAUCUGCGAUGCAGAAUGGCAGUAGAGGAUACAAAGAAGAGCGCCUCAGAGCUGCAGGAGGAGCAGGAACUCCUUUUCGAGAUCAUGAGGACGGUGGAAAAACGAGACAUGUUGGUCUCUAUACUGGAGGAGCAGAGGCUGAAGGAGAGGGCUGAGGACAGGGACCUGGAGAGCCUUGUGCUGUCCAAGGGCUACGAGUUUCACUGGACCCAGGCGGAUGACAGCUGGGGGCAGGAGAAGCUGGAGUGAAGGUUGAAUGUUGAGCACCUCAGUGGUGAAGGUGAGGCAGGAUGAAUAGUAAAGGGUAGAAAAGCACUGUAAGGCUCUAUGUGACACUGUUGAAAAACAGGGUCAAAUUUUAUCAUAAUAAUUUGUGUCUGGCUUAUUCUCAUGAAGCUACAAAUCUAGAAAAUGUGGCGGAUGGAGAUGUCAUGAAAGUCUAGGUGUUUAUUCACCCUAAAUAAGACAGUGAGGAUUCAUCUAGUCUCACUUUGUGCUGGUAUGCUGAGCUCAGAAACUGAGGAAGAAUGGAAAUGGAGCCAGAGCUAAUUACUCCUUUCACAGCCAUGAGGGGUAAUAACGUCUCUGCCAUUAAGGUUAUUUGACCUCUGUGCUCAGAAGUGUAAUCUGUCAUGGCCCAGGCUAACACUGACCUAAAACUGGAUGUACUAUACGCUUAACCACUUCUAAUUAUGUGACUGACUGCGUUGUAAAAUUGGGCACACCUUAUAAACUAUACUGACUACCUAAUCAACUCCUUUAUGUGGUUGCUUGCCUUAAGAGUGGAAUUGUUGUAACAGUUUGUUCUUAUUGUAACACUGUAUAGCCUCACUGGAUAGCACCCGGAACGACUCAACACCUUCCCUGAAAUUUUAGUGUUUUGCACAGCGUGAUUUGUUUUAAAUUUGUGUCAUUAAAUGUCAGAGAUGUGCUUUAUGUAAUUCACUGUCACUUUGUAGCUAUGUGUGUGAGUGUAAGCUCUCUUGUGUGUAUUUUAAUGUUGUUAUUUUUUCACUUUGAGCUGGAACACUGUCAAAUAAAAUUCGAUUGUAUUUACACCCAGACACCAAUGGGCACAGGAGAAAUAGUCCUAACUGCCUCACAUUUGUAGUCAGCUGGUAAGAUGUAGCUCUGCCAGGUGGCUGAAAAAUUCACCUUUUUACUCUUUAAUUCAAGACUGAAUCACAGUGCAGAAAACUGCAUCUGCACAGAUUGAAACAUUCAUGCAUGUUGCACAUCUGGCCAGACCCCAGUCAGUGAUGUCACAGCCCUUGUCUUCCAUUAGCUGUCAAAGCAAACCACCUGCUUUGACAUCACAGAUUGGUUCAUUGCCAGUAAAGUGACAUGCCUCAAAGUUUUCUGCUCCUCUCUAAUUCAGAGAGGAUUUACCCUAUAACUAACUACUGUCAGUUUAACUGUGAUUGUUUCAUUUUGCUGGUUAACCUAGUGUGUAUGGGCUGUGAGUCAAAAUAACAGGCUUACCUCCCUCAUGAGAAGAUGAUUAAUGUGUUUACAUGAGUGUAAAAUCCCAGGUUAAGGAACCACACUUCUCAUUUGGUCCGUGGGCUUUAAAUGUUAAGUUUGUUUAUGUUGUAAAUUAACAAACACUAAAUUCAGAAUAAGUUAUGUUUUCAUGAUUUAAAAACUGUAAACUGUGUUGUUUCUAUACGUUUUGCUUAUAUGCUGAUUUAAGUCUUUUAAAUUGAAAAAAUCUUCAAUAAAAUGUAUUUAAAAUUUUGA